GUAUGCUAAAGGAUGUCAUUAUGGGUACCAGAAGGCUCAUGUGGCUCAUACCCAGGUUGUCCACCAACCAGGAUGCUGCCAAGGAUGACACCCAGAAGUCCACCAGCCGAGAACCGAGCCCCAGAGGAGGGGCCAAGCUCAGAAAGGAGGAGCUGCAAAGAGAGCUACAGCUUUCAACAGAGAGACAGAGAGACCGGGAGGGGCAGAGGAGGAAGGAGAGGGAGGUAGAAAGAGUGGGAGAGGGCCAGAGAGAGAGAGAGGCGGGCAGACCAGGAGACAGGAAGGGAGAGACUUCCCAUCGCACGAGAGACAGAGGAGGGAUGGCGGACGAUGAGAGAGAGAGGGAGAAGCGGAGGAGACAGAGAGAGAAGGAGAGGGCGGCUGAUCUGCAGGCCAGGGGAAAGGAGUCGUGGAGAGAGGGGAGGAGGCAGGCAGAGAGAGAGAGAGCAGACGCGAUGAGCUGGAACGGAAGAGGGGCCACCACCAUGGACAGAGACGGGCUGCGAGACAGGGAGACGGAGGGGCAGAGGGAGGCAAGGCAGGCAGGCACCUAUCCGCGGGCAGAGAAAAGGAGAACAGACAAGGGAAGGGAGGGCGAGAGGCGACUGGAGAGACAGGGGAGGAUGGAGGAAGAGGGGAGAGACAGUGGGAGAGAGGGGGAGAGGAGGCGAGAGAGGAACAGCGAGGCAGGAAGACAGCGGGUGGAAGAGACAGCGAGACAGAAAGGGACGGAGGGAAUAAGGGAGAGGCUGAGGCAGGGGGAGGGAGGGAGGCCUCCUCGGGAGCCACAGAGAGCGAGGGACAGAGACCGAGGGUCGGAACUCUACGCGAGGGACAGAGAGGGGGUGAAGGACCAGCCGCGAGACAGAGAGAGGGAGGACGAGAAACAGGGGGAGAGACGCAGAGAGAGAAAGGACCGCUUGGCACCGGGCGAAAGAGAGGCGGGGGGAGAGGCAGAGCGCCACAGGGAACGAGAGAGAGGGGUGAGGCUGGGGGAGGCGGAAGCGGAAUACGAGCGCCGGCUGAGGGAAAGGGAGAGGAGGCGAGAGCGAGACCGGGAGUACCGCGAGGAGGAGAGGAGGAGGAACAGGGAGAAAGGGAAGGAGGCGGAUCACGUCGGGCGGGAGAGGGAGAGGGCCGACUGGGAGAGACACAGGGGAGACUGGGAGAGGAAGAGGCAGACCUGGCUGCUGGAGGACCGGGCUGAGCUCCCGCCGAGGGAGCGAGAGACAGCGGGGGAGAGGGGAGGGGAGGGGAGGGCGAGGAGGAGAGAGGAGCGAGAACCGGAGGAGGAGCGCGGGGGGGCGCGGGAGGGAGAGGUCGAAAGGGGGAGGCAGAGAGCGGGAGGGAGACACAGCAGGAGUGAGGGAGACAGCGAAGGAGAACGGCGCAGGGGGGAGGAGAUCCCAAGAGGCUGGAGGAGCGAGGGGGAUGUCGUCCGAGAGCCCGAGGGGGAGGGGGACGGAGAGAGUGUGGGAGAGGGCUGGGAGGAAGAAGGGAGAGGGGGAGAGAGCGACAGAGGGAGCUGGGGAGAGAGGGAGCAGGAAAGCGAAGGCGAGAGAGUCCGGACCCCCAGAGACCAGCUGUCUGGGGAGGACGGCUUCGUCACCGUCUCCAGCGGGGGAGAGGGGGAGGAGUUCGAGGACUGCAAGGAAUUCCUGGAAGUGGCCAGAGCUCAGGGAGGUGACGGGGCAGCCAGUCACGUGAUGAGACAGCCUACCGAAUACUGGGAUUGCCUCUCUGAGAGAGAGCAGACCGAGGAGAGGGAGGAAGAGAGGCCGAGGGAGGUAGAGACAGCCCACAAGGGGGGGACCGAGAACGAGAGAAGGCGGCGGCACACAGAGAGAGGACCCGAGGAGGGGGGAGAGGGCGAGGGCAGGGAGGAAGGCUGGCCUAGGGGUGAGACAGACACAGUGCAGCAGGGGUGGCAGGAGAGAGAGGGGGGGGAGGGAGAGAAAGAGAACGUGGAUCAAGUGGGAGAUACACGUCGCCCCAGAGUCAGGGUGUUCUGUGUGAUUGGACAGAACCUGCCCCAAGGCACAGGGCUGGAGAGGGAGCAUCGACCGCCGACUGAUGCAGAGGUUGCCCUCGGCUCAGGCAGCCAGGGAGAAGUAGAGGAAUCCUGGGAUACUGAGAAUGUUAGACAAACGUCCACAACAAGAAGGGCAAUAAUGGAAAAUGUUCAUUUGCACCCAGAACUUUUGGAUGACAAGCACAGUAAUGAAUUACAGGGGGAAAUUGGUGUGGGAAGUGGGAUUGAAACAUCAACACAAGAUUUGCAUCUUACCAAAAACUAUGGAACAUAUUCUGAAACCAUUGACACAACCACAGAGACAGAACUUUAUUCUGACUCUGAGAGACAGAGGGAGCAUGACAUUUACUCAGAAAAUACUGAGUCUAAGAGAGAGACAGAGGAUCACCUUUGUGACGAAUACACAGAGCCCACCCAAGAGAGAGAGGCUGAAAUAUAUUCAGAAAAUGUUGAAUUAAUCAGACAAAAUGAGAGUGAAAACUACUCCACCAACAUGUGGAAGGAAACGCACACUGAUCUCCCACACACUGAGUUAGGAGGCGGAGAUACAGAUACGGAAAUUAAUUCAGACAUUUCGCAACUUUCCAGAAAUAGCAAGGAAGAUGCACAUGUUAGAAGUUUGGAACCUAGCAGGGAGACGGAGAGCAGCACAGAAAGUUCAGAGCCCACGGCAGAGACUGAGAUCAACUAUGAAAACUCAGCAGCCAGCAACGCAGAUGGAGAGAGUGAGACUCAUUUUCAGACUCUAAUCCCUGCUGCUGAAAAGCCCAUAGAAAUGGAUCCACCCAGUGCAGAGAAUGGGUCUGAAGGAUGGAACGACAAUAACCCCCAAAACGAGGAGGGGGAUAGUGAAACUCUUUCCAGAAAUGCUGAACCAAGCGUUGCCAGUCUUAGUCCGAAUGUAGAAAAUUUGGGAACUCCUACCCAAAACCUGCAGGCUGGCAGGGACAGCGAGAGUGGCGAUGACUAUGAGGGGUCUGACUCUGGUUAUCACAGACUUUCACAGACCGAGGAGCAGAAACGGAGAGAUUCUGAGUUGCAGGGAGAGGCAUCUACAGGGGAGGGAGAGGCUAAUUCCCGGCUGCCCGACCCGAAAAAUGGACACGAUACCGGUGUGGAUUCUGCCUCUUCUGCAGAACAGAGCGAGAGAGACACUGAAGCGAAUUCCCAGCUGCCGGACUCGAGCAGUCUGGAGGACUUUGCUAUCAUCUCUCAGGGUGCAGAAACUGGUGGAGGUGGCGGAACAGGAGAGGAAGGGGGAGAGACCUUGCAGAGUGGGAAGAGCACGGGAGGAGAGGAGCAGGAGGUCAGAGGACCAGGAGAGACUGAAGACGGGAGGGGAAGGAGAAUCUCUCUGGAAUACCAGCCAUUAAGAGACAGAGGGGAGAGAGAGGGAAAUGAGGGGACAGAAGGAGGAUGGGGGGUACAGGGUGAGGAGGGGCCAGAGGGAGGGACAGGAAGACAGAUCCCAGCAGGGAAUGAUGGGGAGAUACAAGAAAUAGGACAGAGAGACACACAGCAUGAGCAAGAGUUGGGCACGGAUGGCGAAAUGUCGGGAAAUGCGGAGAGACGGACAGAGAGAGAGCCACAGACCGGAGCACCACUGCGCGUGGAGAUCGAGAACGACAGAGACAUGGUCAUAAGGGCCCACAGCGAAAGCGAGUCAGAGACCAACCUGUGCCUCUCCAAGACGCCCCUUGUCAAGGCCAACAGCUGCCCCAACUCCUUAGAGAGCCCCAGCAACGAGCAGCACCCCUGGGCGGCGGAGCGGGCCGAGGGGGAGAACGGCAGCUUCAGGGACCAGGGACAGCAGGCUCGGGUGAGGCGGAGGGGCUUCCGGAAGACGAUGGAGCGGGACCGAGAGAGGUGGAGCAUCAUGGAGAGCAGCGAGGGGAGGGACGAGGAGGAGGGGGAGAACCGAAGACGGGAUCGCAGGACCCGGGUGUUCAACACGUCAGAUGAUGACGACGAGUUAAGCAUCAGCUUGUCAGAGGUGGAUCUACGGCAAAUGGCUUUGAAACAUGUGGCUGGACAUUUGCGGAAGAGGAAUUCUAAAUUCUUCCAGUCCUACUCCCAGCUCUACCAGCAGUACAGAGAAGUGGUCCUGGACAGGGAGAUCCAGCGCCAGUCUCGUUCGGACACGCUCUCCGAGGAGCACACCCCCCAGGAGGUGCAGCGGAUCCAGAGCCGGCCCCUGCCCCUGCCGCCGCCAACGCACUUCCUCGCCCUGCCCCUGGCUCCCUCUCCCUCCGCGUCCGCGGCCCGCUCCCCGUCCCCCUCGCCCCGCCUGUCGCUCUCCUUCGCCAGCUCCCCGUCUCUGUGGCAGGAGCUGCCCGGGGUGCGGGACAGCGCGGCCCUGAGUGGCUUCGGCCAAGACCGCCGCAGGCUGCAGGAGGUGCAAUUUGAGGUGGUGAGCUCGGAGGCCUCCUACGCCCGCAGUCUGGACAUCGCCGUUGACCACUUCCAGCACUCUAGCCAGCUGGGGGCCCUGCUGAGCGCACAGGACAGGAACUGGCUGUUCUCCAGGCUGAGUGAAGUCCGGGCGGUCAGCCACAGGUUCCUUGCCGAGCUGGAGGAGCGGGUGGAGCAGGACAUUCUCAACUUCACGGUCUGCGACAUCAUCGAGCGCCACUGCCCGUGGUUCCGGCAGGUGUACGUGCCGUACCUCACCAACCAGUCCUACCAGGAGAAGACCUUCCAGAGGCUCAUGGAGUCGUGCCCGGGAUUUCAGCGCGUUGUGGAGAAGCUGGAGAGAAAUCCGAUGUGCCAGAGGCUCCCUCUUCGCUCCUUCCUCAUCCUCCCUUUCCAGAGAAUCACCCGGCUCAAGCUGCUGGUGCAGAAUAUCCUGAAGAGGACGCCGCACAACUCUGCCGAAGAGUUCCAGGCCAGCAGGGCCCUGAAGUCUUUGGAGAAGCUCAUCCAGGAGAGCAACAACAGCAUCAGGCAGAUGAAGAGCAUCGAGAACCUGGUGUCCCUCAGCGCCAGGGUGGAGUUCGAGUGCCGGGUACGAAGCCCGCCAGCUCCCCGUUGUGACAGUGCAGGACCACAAGGACUGCUGGAACUACAAUUCCCAGACACAACAAAAAGAUACAAAAACCCUAUUUCCUCUCAUUGUAGUGCCACACUGCAAGGAGCAAUGGGAUAUGGUGCUUUUUUCUUCCUUCAGAGACCCUGGGUUUUACAUUUGCCCGAUUUCCAGUUCGCGAUCUGGCAUCAUACGCACACUGAUUGUCUCCUGCCUCUCUCUCUCUCUUCCUUCCUCAGAGGGGGCAGGCUCUUGGUGUUUGAGUACGCCCCAGUGUCCCAGGUGCGAGUGGAGAACUGCAGAGUGAAGCUGCACUCGCUGCAGAAGAACCUGUUCAGACUACACCUGGCGCAGACCAGUGAGGGCCACAGCAAGGCCCUGCUGCUCAGGACCGACACACAGAGCAAUAAACUGCGCUGGAUCUCAGCCCUUUCUCAGCCCCACCCCGAGAUCGACUUCACCACAGCACAAGACUCUCCCCAGGUGCAGUGCCUGAGGUCCUACGUCUCUCAGCAGCCAGAUGAACUGACGCUGGAGAAGGCCGACGUGCUUCUGGUGCACCAACAGAGCAGCGAUGGGUGGGUGGAGGGCACCAGGCUGUCGGACUGCGAGCGCGGCUGGUUCCCCCUGUCGCACGUGGAGCUGAUCUCCAGCCGCCACGCCCGGGAGCUCAACCUGCUGGACACACAGAAGGUCACCACGGCAACCUGCAAGGGCACCAGGCCCUGACCCAGGCCAGGCCAGCCGGCUCACAGUGGCAAAGGACAACCCCUCAGCA